UGGUCGGUGAGUAUGUAGAGAAUUAGGUCAAAUUAGGUUUUGGACCACAAAAUGGGAGUAGGGUUUGAUGGUUGAGAUUUCACACAACAUAGCCCACAAAGGAAAAAGGGUCAAGUGUGUUGUGGUAAGGAGGGACAAGAUAUGGAUCUUAGCAUCCAAUGGACAACUUUGAGCAUUAAAUAUUCCAUAAAAAACUCAUAUAUGUCACAACAUCAUUCAAGGCACUACACCCCAACUUCACCAUUUUAUUUUUUUACAAUUUUAAAAGAAUUAAAGCCAAGGAAUAGCAACGUACUUUCUUAAAUUUUAUAGCUUCUUGCUUUCAUUUCUCUUAAGCAUUCAACAUUAGACACUUCACCCUUUUAAUAAGAAAAUAUAGUAAUUACGUUUUUGGUCGAGUUUUUUCAAUUUUGGUCCAUUAAAGUUUUCUUUUGCCAUUUUGGUUCUUAUUUGAGGUUCUUGUAACAUUUUUGGUCCCUGUUCAAGGUAAAAUGACUUCCAAAUUUCAAAACUCAACUAUACUUAAGGACCAAAAAAUAUAUUGUAUUAUGAAAAGGAAAAUAGCAAUAUUUUAUAUAAAGUAAAUUGAAGCAUGUUAAACUAUAUAAAAGUAAGAUGCUAAAAAAGGAUGUAACUUUCUUACUUGGAUUAAAACUAAAGCAUGGGUGAUUAUGGGCACCAGAUAUUGAUGUCUUCUAAUGACCUGUCAACUCUUCAAUUGUCCAUACACCAUUGGUUGAAAGAGGUCCCAAAAACUUUAUUGAAAUUCGCAUGAUUUCAUGGACCCCACACUGCCAUUUUAAUUCCCGCAAAUCAAAACUAAAACUAAACCGCUACUAAUCUUUAGACACCUGUAACUAUGUAAGAAUGUAUCUUUUUCCUAAAAAUUGGCAAAUAGAUAGUAAAAGGGAAGUUAAAAAAUAUGGUUGUAACUGUAACCAAAUAAGUGCAAAGAUUGCAAAAUCUUUCUUUUUUCUUGUGACUUUUUCCAUGAAAAAGGAAGCUAAAAAGGCACCCUUGGGAGUCAGAAACUUUUAAAGGAGACAGUCUACACACGGAUCCUUAUCAAAUCUCUUUAAAUCCCCUCCUCUUUUCUUUAUUUCUAGCCAGAAAAAAAAAAUAAGAAUGAGAUCUUUAUCAUUCUUCAUAAGAAGCGUUAGUUUCACAAUCAUGUUGCUAAGUUUCUUAGCAAUUCAACUAAACCUCUGUUUUUCCAACACCCAAUUUUCCCUCCCGGAUUUACAAAUCAACGGGCAUUUCACUUUCACCAACAACGAAUUUGCGGCGAAAGAUUACGGAAACCAAUAUCAAUUCCUUCCUUUUGCUGUCCUGCACCCUGAGUCAGUGUCUGACAUAUCUGCAACCGUGAGCCAUGUGUGGGACCUCGGGCCAGGGUCUGGGCUCACGGUUGCAGCCAGGGGGCAUGGACACUCGAUUCAGGGUCAGGCUCAGGCGCACAGAGGGAUUGUGGUGAAUAUGGAGUCGUUGAAGAAACCGAAAAUGGAAUUUGAAUUUGGUUUUGAUUUUGGAUAUGUUGAUGUUUCGGGAGGGGAGUUGUGGAUUAAUAUUUUGAAGGAGAGUUUGAAGUUUGGAUUCGCGCCAAAAUCUUGGACGGAUUAUUUGCAUUUGACGGUUGGAGGGACGUUGUCGAAUGCGGGGAUUAGUGGUCAGGCGUUUUGGCAUGGUCCUCAGAUUAGUAAUGUCCGCCAGCUUGAAGUUGUUACAGGAAAGGGAGAGGUGGUGACGUGUUCUGAGGAACAGAAUGCGGAUCUUUUUAAUGGUGUUCUUGGAGGGCUUGGGCAGUUUGGGAUAAUUACACGGGCAAGGAUUUUACUUGAACCGGCUGCGGAAAUGGUGAUUUGGAUCAGAGUGUUGUAUUCAGAUUUUUCAACAUUUACUCGAGAUCAAGAGCGAUUAAUAUCCGCAAAAAAAUCAUUUGAUUAUAUAGAAGGACUUGUAAUUAUAAACAGAACAGGUCUUCUCAAUAAUUGGAGAUCAUCUUUUAACCCAAAAGAUGAUGAUGAAGCAAGUCAAUUUAAGUCAGAAGGAAAAACCCUUUUUUGCCUCGAGUUAGCAAAAUACUUCAAUCCAUCAGAUAACACUGGUGAGAUUUAUGAGGAAAUUGAGAGCAUGUUAUCUGAGUUGAGGUAUAUACCAUCAACAGUUUUUAUGACUGAAGUUACAUAUAUAGAGUUUUUGGAUAGAGUACAUACAGCAGAGAUAAAACUACAAGCAAAAGGGUUAUGGGAUGUUCCACAUCCAUGGCUAAAUCUUCUUGUUCCAAGUAGUAAAAUUCAGAGAUUUGGUGAUGAAGUUUUUGGGAAGAUUUUAGCAGAUACAAGCAAUGGCCCUGUCCUUGUUUACCCCGUCAACAAAUCAAAAUGGAGCAACAGGAGUUCAGCAGUAAUACCAGAUGAAGAUAUAUUCUACUUAGUGGCAUUUCUAUCACAAGCAAAUCCUUUAUCCACCAAAGGAAAAGAUAGUCUACAACAUCUACUGAGUCAGAAUAAAAAAAUCUUGGAUUUCUGCAAAGAAGCCCACUUAGGAGUCAAACAAUAUUUACCACAUUUUCUCACACAAGAUGAGUGGAGGGCCCACUUUGGUCAAACAUGGAAGACUUUUCAACGGAGGAAAAUGGCUUAUGACCCAUUAGCAAUCCUUGCUCCUGGCCAGAGAAUUUUUCAAAAGGGUAUAUUGGACUUAUGACCAAAAAUAAAAAUCAUAAUUAUUUUGAAAAGUCGAAAAUGACCUUUCAAAGCAACGUGUGGUAGUGGAGGAAUUUGAAAAAGAAAAAAGAAAAAAAAAAUCAUGACCUCCAUAUCAUUGACUCAAAUUAUCACAGGAGUUGACUUGGAUUUUCUUUUUCUACUUUUUUGGGAAAUUAACUCUUUUUUUUGAAAAGAGUUGGAAAAUUGGGAAUUUGGGUCAACAGAGUUUCUUGGAAGAGUCAAAGUUCAUUCUUUGAGAUUAAGUGCUUCUUGAUUUGAAUACUAAAGUCAAAAAGGCACUUAAUUGAUUCUAAAUUUGAUGUAAAUUAUCUUACAAGUUAUAAGAAAAUCUUUUUCUUUCUGAC